GGAGGAUCUGUACCGUGGUGACGGGCUUGGGUUGUGGCCUGCUUCUUCUAGUGGCGCUGACCGCCCUCAUGGGUUGCUGUGUGUCAGAGCUCAUCUCCAGGACAGUGGGAAGAGUGGCUGGAGGAAUUCAGUUCCUGGGAGAGAGAGAGACGGAGAGAAAGGUCUUCCUUCCAUUGGUUCACCCCCCAAAUGGCUGCCACGGCUGGCGCACUGUGCAGAUCCGAAGCCAGGAGCCAGGUGCUUCCUCCUGGCCUCCCAUGCAGGUGCAGGGGCCCAAGCACUUGGGCCAUCCUCCACUGCCUUCCUGGGCCACAGCAGAGAGCUGGACUGGAAGAGGAGCAACUGGGACAGAACCGGCACCCCAACUGGGACUAGAACCUGGAGUGCUGGCGCCACAGGCAGGGGAUUAGCCUAAUGAGCCGCAGCAUCAGCCGAACUUGGGGUUUUAUGUUGAACUCUUCAAAGUUUAUAUUACUUAUAACUUAAGAUCCACUUUGUUUAAUUUCUAUUGUUACAUUUACAAGAACUCCACACACACAAAUAAAGAUUUUUUAAUUUAUUUAUUUGAAAAGGAGAGAGUGUGAGAUCUUCCAUCUGCUGGUUCACUCCCCAGAUGGCUGCAAUGGCCAGAGCUGAGCCGAUUCGAAGCCAGGAGCCAGGAACUUGUGGGUCUCCCACGUAGGUUCAGGGGCCCAAGGACUUGGGCUAUCCUCUGCUGCUUUCCCAGGCACAUUAGCAGGGAGCUGGAUCAGAAGUGGAGCAACUAGGGCUCAAACUGAUGCCCAUAUGGGAUGCCAACACUGGAGGCCAGGGUUUUAACGUACUGCACCACAGCGCCAGCUUCUACUUAUAUAUUUUGGUCAGAUGUGUUUGUACUCAAACAGUUGAGGAAAUUGAACAUAGUAAAUUUAUAAAUGAAGUUCAGAAUGUUUCAGGAGGGUGACUGAAUUAAUAAACGGAUCAAAUCUUUGACCAAAGAUCACCUAAAAGGAAUUCUCAAUUUCAAAGAGAAUAAAAAGAUGUUAUAAAUUAGACUUAGAGAUUUUGAGAAAUUAUUUUUUAAAAUAACUUAUAUGUAAUCUUAACUGUCCUGAUUCUUUUUCAAAUCAUAUCUUCUUUAUUGCAAAAGAAAGCAAGCAACCAGACAAGAUUUAACAUAACAGUCUGAAGCCCAGGUCAGGAAAGGGUAUCUGAUCUUUUCUAAGGCACAGAACCAAACCAUGGAGCAAACUGCACUGUGACUGCCUUAUUGUUAUUUCUCAUUCAUCCUGAGCUCUAGGGAGCCCAGUUUCAAUACAGAAUAGUAAAUUAAUGUCACACACACCCAUGAGGCCUCUUCAAUGUUGCCCAUUGCAAAUAUAGCUUGGACACAGUCCAUCCUUUGCUUUGAUAGGAUGAGUGCUGCCAGUAACUGAGAUUUAGCUUAGAGAAAGGGCUGUGGUUGACCUCUCAACUUGGACCAACCUUGCAUGUCCUUCCUUAGUGCUUUUACCACAUGCCUCUUUCCACCGUGGAGCUCCCUAGAAGGUACAGUCCACCCUGUUUCUCUGAUGUUGCUUGUGAGCAUUACCUUAAUUUGUAGCUCCUGCUUAUCUUUGGAGGCAAAAGUGCCUGAGAGGUUUGUUGUUUUGUUUUGUUUUUGUUUUUUGUUUUUUUUUGCUUUUUUUUUUUUUUUGGUCUGUUGUCAGCUUCUAGAAAUUAGUAACACUUAUUGUGUUCUGUCCCUCCAAAAUCUGGAUUUCUGCUCAGAAGUCCUCUAUUUAUUCCUGGUCCAGGAAUUGUGGUUUAUAGAGACAGCCCAGAAAAUGUCUACAUCUCCAGGAUUUCGGUGGGAGAUCAGAAUGGGAAGAGAGCAAAUAUUUUAGAGCUCACAAACAAAUCUGUGUCUAUAGGAAAAACUCUAUGAUAGAUCCAGCUAAUCAUUUAAAUAUUACCUCAAAUGCUUGGCCAAAAUUAAAUGAAGAUGACAACUAGUUUCCAAAUUGGAGCUAUUUCUUUCAUGUUUUGCAAGUGAAUCCGAUUUUCUGACUUAGAUAGCAAAAGAACUCUGACAUAAGGUGAAUGUUGGAUAAAGUUAAGGAAAACUUGGUGGGUAGUAAAGUUCAAACAAGUUCACUCAUAUGACGAUAGUAGCAAGAAGUUCACAGUAGGUGAGAGAAAGGCACUUCUUUAUCACCUGGCUCCUGAGUUAUACAACAUAGAUUUCAAACAAAAUUCCGCCACAUAUGAGAUAGGUUCAAAAAGCUCACAGAAAUGCAUAUUAUGAAGAAACUGCAUGAACUUCACAUUUUUGUAUCAAAAUAGACAUCUUUUAAUUGCACUUUUCCACAGACUUUUUCAAGUAGGCUUGUAUUUAUUUUGCCCUUACAAAACAGGCACAAAGCAGUUCAUGUACUCUGUUUUUAAAGCCCAAGAAUUCUGGCUCUCUCUUACUUCCAGUGAUGCUGACCAUGUCUUAUAUGAAAGACUUACUUGAAACAGAAAUAACUGCAACUACCAGACAGGAUUCCAGGCCUUCUGCUUGGUGUUAUAAAUCAGAACUCCUAAACCUAUUGCUGGGCACAGAUCCAGCUAGGGAGCAAGCCACGGGCCCCCUUUCUCCAAGAGGUGUAGGAUUCAAGGCUACAGAAUACAGGAUACAGGCCUGGCCGGAUUUAUACACCCUUGUACAAUGGUGGGGCUGAAGCGAACAUAUUUUCACUUAGCACAUACUUGAAUAUCAUAAGUGUCACCUAAGGAGAUCAUAUUAUUACAUUAGUCAUGCUAAUUAACAAAACUGCUUUCACUAAUAAAAACCCAUUGUUGAUUUUUAUUUGCUAUUGGCAGAGUUUCUGCUCUUGAUUGAUAUACAGACAAUAGAAGGGCUUGUAGGAGCUGCCUCUGGAACGUGGCUCUUUGACUGAAUGCUACCUUGCUAUCCCAGCUUUCUUCAUAGUGUGUUAGUUUGUUGACUCCUGGGCAUGAAAGUUUAAAUCAACUGCACAAAGCUAAAGCAAUCUUGUACAACAAAAACAAAGCCGGAGGCAUCACAAUACCAGACUUCAGGACAUACUACAGGGCAGUUGUAAUCAAAACAGCAUGGUACUGGUACAGAAACAGAUGGAUAGACCAAUGGAACAGAAUUGAAACACCAGAAAUCAACCCAAACAUCUACAGCCAACUUAUAUUUGAUCAAGGAUCUAAAACUAAUUCCUGGAGCAAGGACAGUCUAUUCAAUAAAUGGUGCUGGGAAAACUGGAUUUCCACGUGCAGAAUCAUGAAGCAAGACCCCUACCUUACACCUUACACAAAAAUCCACUCAACGUGGAUUAAAGACCUAAAUCUUCGUCCUGACACCAUUAAGUUAUUAGAGAACAUUGGAGAAACCCUUCAAGAUAUUGGCACAGGCAAAGAAUUUCUGGAAAAGACCCGGGAGGCACAAACAGUCAAAGCCAAAAUCAACUAUUGGGAUUGCAUCAAAUUGAGAAGUUUCUGUACUGCAAAAGAAACAGUCAGGAGAGUGAAGAGACAACCGACAGAAUGGGAAAAAAUAUUUGCAAACUAUGCAACAGAUAAAGGGUUAAUAACCAGAAUCUACAAAGAGAUCAAGAAACUCCACAAAAACAAAACCAACAACCCACUUAAGAGAUGGGCCAAGGACUUCAAUAGACAUUUUUCAAAAGAGGAAAUCCAAAUGGCCAACAGGCACAUGAAAAAAUGUUCAAGGUCACUAGCAAUCAGGGAAAUGCAAAUCAAAACCACAAUGAGGUUUCACCUCACCCCGGUUAGAAUGGCUCACAUACAGAAAUCUACCAACAACAGAUGCUGGCGAGGAUGUGGGGAAAAAGGGACACUAACCCACUGUUGGUGGGAAUGCAAACUGGUCAAGCCACUAUGGAAAUCAGUCUGGAGAUUCCUCAGAAACCUGAAUAUAACCCUACCAUUCGACCCAGCCAUCCCACUCCUUGGAAUUUACCCAAAGGAGUUUAAAUUGAUAAACAAAAAAGCGGUCUGCACCCUAAUGUUUAUUGCAGCACAAUUCACAAUAGCCAAGACCUGGAACCAACCUAAAUGCCCAUCAACGGUAGACUGGAUAAAGAAAUUAUGGGAUAUGUAUUCUUUAGAGUACUAUACCGCAGUAAGAAACAACAAAAUCCAGUCAUUUGCAACAAAAUGGAGGAAUCUGGAACACAUCAUGCUGAGUGAAGUAAGCCAGUCCCAAAGGGACAAAUACCAUAUGUUCUCCCUGAUCGGUGACAACUGACUCAACACCAAAAAGGAAACCUCCUGAAGUGAAAUGGACACUAUGAGAAAUGGUGACUUGAUCAGCAUAGCUCUGACUGCUAAUGGACAACUUAAUACAUUAUCCCUCAUAGUAUUUUUUUUUGUCUGUUCUACUUAAUAUGACUGGUUUAAUUCUGUAAUUAUCACACAGUUAUUCUUAAGUGUUGAAAAUUAACUGCAAUGUGAUCCCUGUUAAACAUAAGAGUGGGAAUAAGAGAGGGAAGAGAUGUAUAAUUUGGGACAUGCUUGGGCUGACUUGCCCCAAUUGGUAGAGUUGGAAACAUACCAGGGGAUUCCAAUUCAAUCCCAUCAAGGUGGCAUGUGCCAAUGCCAUCUCACUACUCCAAGUGAUCAAUUUCAGUUCACAAUUGAUCAUAAUGAAAGGACUAAGAGUAAAAGGGAGCACAUAAACAAGCCUAGUAUCUGCUAACACCAACCGAUAGAAUAAAUAAAGGGGAGAGUGAUCCAACAUGAGAAGUGAGAUGCUCAGCAGACUCAUAGAAUGGCGGAUGUCCUAAAUAGCACUCUGGCCUCAGAAUCAGCCCUAAAGGCACUCGGAUCUGGCUGAAAAGCCCAUGAGAGUAUUUCAGGCAUGGAAAGCCAAGACACUCUGGCAAAAAGAUCUCUGUGAGUGAGAUCCCAGUGGAAAGAACAGGUCUUCAAAGAGGGAGGUGCCUUUCUCUGAAGGGAGGAGAGAACCUCCACUUUGACUAUGACCGUGUCUAAACAAGAUAAGAGUCGGAGAACUCAAGGGGCUUCCAUAGCCUUGGAAACUCAUAACUGGUGCAUAGGGAGAUUACUGAUGCCAUAAACAGGAGUGUCAAUUGGUAAAGUCAACAACAGGAGUCACUGUGCACUUACUCCUCAUGUAGGAUCUCUGUCCUUAACGUGCUGUACACUGAGGCUUAAUGCUAUAACGAGUACUCAAACAGUAUAUUUCACUUUGUGUUUCUAUGGGGGUGCAAACGACUGAAAUCUUUACUUAAUGUACACUAAACUGAUCUUCUGUAAAAAAA